AUGUUUUGGACCUUCUUCGUUUGUCUUCUUCUUCUCAUCAUUGAAACAUCGUCUUUCAUUGAUAAUAAUGGAGAAAUUAAACCAAUAAUGGAAGCAUUACAAACGAAUGUAACAGUAAUUAGUGGACAAAAAGCAAAAUUAGCAUGUAUAUUUAGUAGUAUAAAUCAUGAAUUAUCACUUUCAUCAUCACAUCAAUUAAUAUGGAUUCGACAAAGUUAUGGAUCACAUAAUGGAGAUUCAAUAUUAGCACAUAAUCAAGAUUUAUUAAUAACUGAUUAUCGUUUAAAUAUUCAACGUACUGAUCAUGAUUAUUCAUUAACAAUAACUAAUGUUAAUAUUGAUGAUGAAGGAAUCUAUACAUGUGAAGUUAAUACUCAACCACCACAAAAAGCAUUUAUUCAUUUAUAUGUUCAAGAAGAAUCUCAUCCGACUCCAAGUCGAUCUGAUGAUCGUUUUUUUGUUUGUGCUUGCGUAAUAUUACCAUUUCUUGCUGAAGCAGCUUAUAUAUUUGAUGCUUUUUAUUAUCAUAGUUCUGCUAACUCCGCUAGUGGUUAUGAAGGUUUACUUUCAUCAAUUUUAAGUGUUUUUAUUUAUUUACAAUAUUGUGCACCACUUCGAUCACGUUAUAUACGUUUUUUUUAUCAUUUAAGUUUAUGGAUAUUAACUGAAGUUGGGACAUUAGCACAUAUAGUAUAUUAUGUUAAAAAAAAUGAUGCAUUACAUAUAAUUUUGUAUACUGUGUGGGCAACGGUAGAUACAAUCUAUUUUAUUUGCCUUAUUUGUUGUCGAGUAUUUUAUAAACAUCGUGGUCUUCAUGUUCAUGUACCAAUUGAACAAGAACAUUUAUUUCAUUUUAUGUCACGUUUAGAAGUUAUUCUUGCUUUAUUUAUUCCAGUUUUUUUCGAUACACAUCUUACAACAUUAACAAGAGAUAAUAUUGCUUUUUAUAUAUUAUUUGAUUUUUUUGCUGAAUCAUAUCAUCGUUUUCGUGGUGCAGCUAUUAAAGCAACAUUAUAUAUAUUUGUUGUUGCAGUAACAGCAUCUGUUGCAACAGAAUGGUUAUAUAUUGCAAAACAUGAACAUAAAUUUGAAAUAGCAUCAAUAAUAACUGAAAUUGUUGCUGCCUGUUUUUGUUAUUUAUUUAUUGUUAUGCAGUUUUUUCCGGGUAAUUUUAUUUUUAAAACAAAACGAAAAUAUCGUCAUAGAGCAAGAACAAUAUCAACAUCAACAACAUCAGCAUUUAGACCAGCACGUGUUUCUACUGCUCGUACGGAUGAUAUGAUUUCGUAUGGUUUUGAUUCUGAGAGACAUAUUUCUACUGCUCGUACGGAUGAUAUGAUUUCGUAUAGCUAUGAUCCUGACAGACAUGUUUCAUAUUUUUAA